AUGGCGAACGACGAGAAGCCACGGAACCGCAAAGAGCGACGAGCUGCGGCGAAAGAGACUGGAAAUCCAAUGGAGGCGCCUACAUCAACCCCAAAGAUGAAGUUGACCAAACCGGAUUAUGAUGCCAGGCCGGCCAAAGGCACGACUCUGCUCGACAUUUACGAGGAGAAGAAGGCCCUUCUCGAACAAGGCCAACCAUUUGACGACAAGUACUCUGACGGCCUAGCACGAGGCGAAAGCGGUAACAUUCUCGAUGUUGGCCUUGGCGAUAACGAGCCUAUUGGCCCUAUUGGAAAUGCAGUGUUCUGGUCGGUCUGCUUGACCAUGCUACACUUCACCUUGGACGUUCUGACGUACAAUCAGUACGCCCAAGACAUCAUCUGGCCGGCAAUAUUUAAGCGCUCUGGAAAGAUUCUGCCGAUCCUGUUCCUAGCCAUCUAUAUGAUGAAAUCGCAGCUUGCUUACAGACUGGGUGUCGUCAGGCAAGUGCUCUUCCUCUGCGUGGCGAUCGCUGCUGGGUGCUAUCUGAUUCACGCCGGUAAUACGUAUGGCUAUUUUGCGGUGAUGAAGCAGGCACCGCCACUGGGCACUCUAUGGGUCUACAGUGUCAUUGAACUGGAUUUAUGGUUUGCUGUGGCUAGCCUUGUGUUCAACUUCGCAUUCCUAUUGUGGAACGGCUAUACAGUCUUUUAA